AUGAUCUGCGUGCCGUCGACGGUGCUGCUGCUCUCAACAUUCGCUUUGGCGAUGAGCCAAACUGCACCAGCGAAACCAGAACACACCAAGGAUUGUCAAUCGGUUAGUUUUGAGGGGAGCUGAGAGACCACCCACGAAGUCUCUAGACCGCAAGAUUCCACGUAGCGGCAAUAUCUACCACUUUAGCAGCCACGUGGAUAAUGUUGACGUGGAAUUAUACAGUGUAGUAUUGUUCGCCACGUGGCCGCUACGCUUGCGAUUUGCAAAAAAAUGAGUUUUGAGCGAUCUUCUGUGCCGCAAAAAAGAAAAAGAAACUUCUAGUUUUUAAUUGUCUCAUCUCUUCGCUUCUUCUUCUUUUUUGUGCUUUCAGGGUAAUCAACUUUUUGGUUCUUUUUCAUCUUUUUUUUCCAAGAAAGAAGGAAAAAGCACGGAAAAUAUACCAGGUUCAAAAAACCAGCCAGACUUGUUGAUCUAGAAGUUGAGAAUCACAAAUGAGAUCUAAUAAAUUCUGAGGUGAAAGAGAAUUUUGAUAAAAAAUGUAUGCUUUUGACAAGUGGAGGUCAUGAAUUUUGGCAGUUCAAAGAACAUCGAAAGUUAUGACGUGGCAAAACUGGAUGCGUUGUUGGAAUACUCAAGAAUCAGAUUGAUGAAUUUCAAAAAUUCAAGUUCCAAAAUUUUCAAGGACUACGUAGAAACCUAUUUGAAAGACUGCUGUAAUCAAAUUAUCUUUCUUUUUUUUUUCUGGAAAAAUGUGCCACGUCAUAUCUCUUUUCUUCGAGGUGUCUAGGAAUUUCAGAAUAAAUUCCCCAAAAAUCUAGUUCACACAUUUCCUGCAAUACUAUAUUUUUAGCUGAGCCUUGGACUAACUAUAACUAACACAUCGUGAUGCGCAUUCAGAGACCCAAUGAAAUAUUCGUAUUCCUCACCACCCUGAGAUUCUUAUGAAUUAGUCAUUCUUGUUUUUUUCUCUUGCUAUAUUUUCACGAAUAUGUAUUUAUAUUUAUCAAAUGAUGAAUAAGUUUCUAAUCAACAAUAGGGUUUAUUAACAUGAGUAAUAAAUUUGAAUUCAAUUCUUCUUAAGUUUAUUGACGACAAAAAUGUCUAGAAUGGAAAAUAUCCUGGCUCAAACAAAAAGAGGCGUGGUCAAAGUGGCAAGGUUCCGCACACUUUUUAUCGGUAGAUCAAAAAAUUUAAAGAUAUUCAUAGAAGCUUACAGGAAAUUCAAAGUUUCAGAAAAAAAGUUCUAAAAACUUCCCUGACAACCCAUGUUUUUUUACAGAUUCUCGCGAAUAAUGGCGAUCCACAAGAUGCUCUUUUAUGUCAAUUAAGUGAAUCAAGCAUGUUAUUGGCACAAUUGGGAGCACUUGUUUCGGAAGGAGUUGAAAGACUUGUACAAAAUCACGGUAUGUUCUGCUUCUUCUCACAUAAAUUAUUCCCUCUAUUUACUGUGAGAGGAAAAACAAGCAAAAGUGUUUUUUUUGUUCAUUUCCCCGGGGCACUCAAUUUCCUACUUACUUGAUUCACUUAGACAAAAACAACAGACCGAAAAAUGUCUUGACUCCACAAAAAAGUCUCUUGUUCAGGAAUCGCUCUUGAAGAUGAUGAAAGCAAUGAAUCUGGUGAGAUGGAAAAGAGAAAGCACGAAUAUUUGAGAUUUGGAAAAAGAAAGCACGAAUACUUGCGAUUCGGUAAAAGGAAGCACGAGUAUUUGAGAUUCGGAAAGAGAAAGCAUGAAUAUUUGAGAUUCGGAAGAAAAUAG